GUAUCAGGAAGUGCUGGAAACCACCAGUCCCACAGUCAAAGCUGUUAGCCGACAAUACAUUCUACUAUAGUCAGAUAUGUCUGCCAGAAGAGUGGUGGUGUUCCCUUCCGCAGCUGAGCUUGGUCCGACUCUUGCUCACUUGGUGGCAUCUCGGGCUGACAAGGCCCUUAAGGACCGUGGCCGCUUCACCGUCGGCCUGUCUGGUGGCAGCCUGGUGUCAAUGCUCAGCAAGGAGCUGCCCGCCCUGCCGGACCUGGACUGCAGCCGCUGGCUAGCGGGGUUUUGUGACGAGAGGCUAGUUCCCUUCGAUGACGGCGAAAGCACCUACGGACUGUAUAAGAGUCAGUUGUUUUCCAAAAUCAACAUCCCGGACAGCGGAGUGCUGGCGAUCGACCCCUCUUUAACCGUACAUGAGUGUGCUGAGGAUUAUGCCAACAAACUGAAGAAGGCCUUCCCAAAUGAGGACAUUCCUGUGUUUGAUGUGUUGCUGCUUGGCAUGGGCCCUGAUGGACACACCUGUUCCCUUUUUCCCGAUCAUCCACUGCUGGAGGAAACCCAGAAGAUUGUCGCUCCAAUCAACAACUCACCCAAGCCCCCACCACAACGUGUGACCAUGACAUUUCCCGUGGUAAACUCUGCACGCUGUGUGGUCUUUGUGUCAACAGGGGGCAGCAAAGCAGCUGUGCUAAAGCAAGUGCUGGAGGGUGGGGAAGGUCCAACCCUACCCGCGGCCAGAGUGGUCCCAAGCCAGGGGGAGCUGUUCUGGCUUAUAGAUGAACCGGCAGCUGCCUCCUUGACAGUCCAUGUUGAGAGACAAAGCACUGCAGCUAAACUCUGAACACCAAAGUGCAGGAUCAAAUGGAGCUCAAGAACUGGACAUGAACAACCAAAUGUGUGGGAUGUCUCUGAACAUUCCUAUUUCAACUUCAAGUGUUGGUUCAGACGUGAUAGUGAACGCUAAAUACAGCUGUAAACUGGGAUGUGCAGUGAUUGCAUCGAGAACACUGUGGUCUUACCUCAGUUAUAGUUGAACUGUACUAACUGCCAGUAUAUCAACAAACAUACUUUGAAGUCGUUUCUGGAUGAGUCAUUGUAUAGGAAACAGUGUAUUGUAAUAACAAUGUGGAUGCCAUAAAAAUAGAUUUGCAAAGGGUCGGAGUUCCCACGUCAGGAAUGCUUUAUCUGUUGAUUAAUCUGGUAGUUUAGAGUUGGAUUUAAAACUUAACUAUAAAAUUGACUGAUGAAACUUUUGGCAGGCAUUUCUAAAAUAAAACAUUUAAUGAUGAACUGAAAUGGAACCGAUUUGAACGUUUUACUCAAUUAUCAUCAGUAUUGUAAUUUUGAAUUAAUAAAUCAAAGUAUG